AAUCGAGAGAAUACUGCUGUGAGGAUUUGGAAGACAAGAGAAGAAGAGCAGGACUUUUGGGAUAGGAAAGAAAGAGAAGAAGAACAGGACUUCUGGGAUAGGAAAGAAAGAGAAGAAGAACGGGACUUCUGGGAUAGGAAAGAAAGAGAAGAAGAACAGGACUUCUGGGAUAGGAAAGAAAGAGAAGAAGAACAGGACUUCUGGGAUAGGAAAGAAAGAGAAGAAGAACAGGACUUCUGGGAUAGGAAAGAAAGAGAAGAAGAACAGGACUUCUGUGAUAGGAAAGAAAGAGAAGAAGAACAGGACUUCUGGGAUAGGAAAGAAAGAGAAGGAGAGAAGAUGGGGAGGAAAAAGAUCCAGAUAGCACGGAUUAUGGAUGAACGUAACAGACAGGUGACAUUCACCAAGAGGAAGUUUGGCCUGAUGAAGAAGGCGUAUGAGCUGAGUGUUCUGUGUGACUGUGAGAUUGCCCUCAUCAUCUUCAACAGCACCAACAAGCUGCUCCAGUACGCCAGCACUGACAUGGACAAGGUCCUGCUCAAAUACACAGAGUACAACGAACCUCACGAGAGCAGGACUAACUCCGACAUUGUGGAAAUUCUGCGUAAGAAGGGUCUAAAUGGUUGUGACAGUCCCGACAUCGAGGCAGACGACUCUGCUGGUCAGAGCCCCGAGUCAGAGGACAAAUACCGCAAGAUCAAUGAAGACAUUGACCUCCUGAUCAGCAGACAGAGACUCUGUCAGGCUCCCCCCCCGCCUAACUACGACAUGGUUGGCUCCAUCCAGGGCCAAAACAACAGUGGACUACUACACUCUCACCCCGGGGUGGGGGGAUCCUUGUAUAACCACAAUCUUCUGCCCCUUUGCCACACACACCCUGGCCUGCAGAGGAACAGCAUAUCGCCUGGACCCCAACACACACACCCUGGCCUGCAGAGGAACAGCAUGUCGCCUGGACCCCAACACACACAUCCUGGCCUGCAGAGGAACAGCAUAUCGCCUGGACCCCAACACACACACCCUGGCCUGCAGAGGAACAGCAUGUCGCCUGGACCCCAACACACACACCCUGGCCUGCAGAGGAACAGCAUAUCGCCUGGACCCCAACACACACACCCUGGCCUGCAGAGGAACAGCAUAUCGCCUGGACCCCAACACACACACCCUGGCCUGCAGAGGAACAGCAUAUCGCCUGGACCCCAACACACACACCCUGGCCUGCAGAGGAACAGCAUAUCGCCUGGACCCCAACACACACACCCUGGCCUGCAGAGGAACAGCAUGUCGCCUGGACCCCAACACACACACCCUGGCCUGCAGAGGAACAGCAUAUCGCCUGGACCCCAACACACACACCAACCCCCCAGGGCUGGAAACUCAGGAGGGAUGAUGGGUUCAGAGCUGUCUAACACCGUCUCCACCACUGGUAGCGGUAACUAUGGUAACCAUCGUACCUCCCCGGGGCUGCUGUCUCCAGGAGGCAUGGCCAAGACUUCGCCCCCGAUGAACUCCAUGACCCUGAGUGGCAACCGCAAGCCGGACCUCCGCCCGCUGCUGCCCCCUGGCAACAAGAACAACAUGCCCUCCAUCUGUGAGGAUUUUGACAUGAUGCUGAACCAGAGAAUAAACCACUCCCAGUCUGCCCAGGCAUUGGCUACCCCCGUGGUCUCCAUAGCAACACCUUCUCUGCCCGGGCAGGGUAUGGUAGGGUAUCCCUCUGCCCUCUCCACCUCAUAUGACACAGAGUACUCUCUGGGUGACCUGUCAGGGUUUGGUAACAGAUCAGGAUCUCUCCACCUGGAAUCAGUAACAGGCUCAGGCUGGCAGCAACAACCGCUACAGAAUAUACAGCACUCAGCACUGGGACACAUGGGAAACAUUUGUCAGAACUCCAACCUUAACCUCCAGAAUGUCCAUCAGAACCUCUACAUCAAGUCAGAGCCCACCUCCCCGCCCAGAGAUCGAGGCAUCGGAUUUGUCAACGGAGGGAUGGGGGGUGUGUCUCAUGGCUACCCAACAAAUCAGGGCCCGGCAGAGGCAGGGCAGUCUCCUGGCGACAGCCUAUCCAGCUGUGGCAGCUCAUACGAUGGCAGUGAUCGCGAGGAUCACCGCGGAAACGACAACUUCCUGCUACACCCGAUGUCCAAUCAGGAAGAGCGCCACAGCCCGUCCCUCAAACGAAUGCGCCUAUCAAAAUGCUGGGCUACAUGAUAAGGCCUUCCUCUGAUUCACAGAGGGGGAGGGGCUUGUGUAGAGUUACGUUUAGUGUUAUUAUGACUAUUCUUAAGGCUGUGUCCAAAAUGGCACCCUUUUCCCUAUAUAGUGCUCUUGCCAAAAGUAGUGCACUUUAUAGGGAAUAGGGUGCGAUUUCAGAUUUGCCCUAUAUUCUUCUUGUGCAGAGUGAGAGUGUUCCACUAUAACAGGGACAUUAUUUACAGGAGUGUGGAGGGAAUAUAACAGUGACAGACUGGGUCUGAAAUGGAACCCUAUUGCCCACGUAGUGCACUAACUAUGGGGAAAUAGGAAGUGAUUUGAGACAACCAGUGAUAUUAUACAGGAGUGAGGGUGGAUAUGGUGUGGGGGAGUCAGUGUGGGAGGUCUGUUGCCUGUGUUGUGUAUUUGUGGGAGAGAGAGGGAAUCAGUAAAUGAAUAUGUACACUAUGUAAACUAACAAAGGUUGAAGAAGUCUGGUACUCUCUAUGGAUAAGAUACUGGUGAGUCACUAAUAUACUAGGAGACACAAGGACAGGCACUGUGAGUGGACACGUCAGUGUGUGUGUGUGUGUGUGUGUGUGUGUGUGUGUGUGCGUGUGCGUGAGCGUGCGUGCACGCUACCUAGGCUCUGAUGUCCCAAUCUGCAGCUGGCUGACUAGCAGACAGAGUGAGUGUUCACUACAACCCAUUCAUGUUGCCGGUUCAACAUAUUCAUGUGUAUAUAUAAAUGAAGAACAAGGGAGGAUUUGGCAGACAGAGAGAGAAAAUGAAAGGGAUAGAGAGAUAGACAGAGAAGGGAGGGAAAGACUGAUGGAGAAAGGAAGAGAACGAUAGAAGGAGAGGGUGAAAGCCAUUAUGCAACAGGUUGCACAAAGCUGGAACUAUAGAAUAAUAGUGAUCGAUCGAUCAAGAAGUCAUUCUAAUAUUCUAAUUAUACAGCUGGAACCCUGGACAACUAGAAUGUCUCACUUGAAAUGAAGGCGCCUAGGAAUUGUAGUUCAAUUCAGUCCGAAUACUUUUUAACAGCCAUAUGCUAACAAAUACUAUCUGAGUCAAAUACACUACAGUGCUACUCAUUCAGAUGGAGAGAGAAAGAGAGACUCUUUUACCAGCCAGAUAGACAAAGCCACAGGGAGGAGGUGCUGUGAGUUAAAACAGAACUCCCAAAGCCAUAUUAUUAUAAAAUGGGAAGUCAAAGCUUUGCUGCACAAACAAUUGGUUUCUCUUUAUAGUAUUUUGAAAAUGUACACUACCGGUCAAAAGUUUUAGAACACCUACUCAUUCAAGGGUUUUUCUUUAUUUUUACAAUUUUCUACAUUGUAGAAUAAUAGUGAAGACAUUAAAACUAUGAAAUAACACAUGGAGUCAUGUAGUAACCAAAAAAGUGUUAAACAAAUCAAAAUAGAUUUUAUAUUUGAGAUUCUUCAAAUAGCCACCUGUUGCCUUGAUGACAGCUUUGCACACUCUUGGAAUUCUCUCAACCAGCUUCAGGAGGUAGUCACCUGGAAUGCAUUUCAAUGAACAGAUGUGCCUUGGUAAAAGUUAAUUUGUGGAAUUUCGUUCUUAAUGUGUUUGAGCCAAUCAGUUGUGUUGUGACACGGUAAGGGGGGUAUACAGAAGAUAGCCCUAUUUGGUAAACGACCAAGUCCAUAUUAUGGCAAGAACAGCUCAAAUAAGCAAAGAGAAAUGACAGUCCAUCAUUACUUUAAGACAUGAAGAUCAGUCAAUACGGAACAUUUUAAUAACUUUGAAAGUUUCUUCAAGUGCAGUCGCAAAAACCAUCAAGCGCUAUGACGAAACUGGCUCUCAUAAGGACCGCCACAGGAAAGGAAGACCCAGAGUUACCUCUGCUGCAGAAGAUAAGUUCAUUAGAGUUACCAGACUCAAAAAUUGCAGCCCAAAUAAAUGCUUCACAGAGUUCAAGUAACAGACACAUCACUACAUCAACUGUUCAGGGUAGACUGCGUGAAUCAGGCCUCCAUGGUCGAAUUGUUUCAAAGAAACCACUACUAAAGGACACCAAAAAUAAGAAGAGACUUGCUUGGGCCAAGAAACACAAGCAACAGACAUUAGACCAGUGGAAAUCUGUCCUUUGGUCUGAAGUUCAAAUUGGAGAUUUUUGGUUCCAACCGCUGUGUCUUUGUGAGACGCAGUGUGGGUGAACGGAUGAUCUCCGCAUGUGUAUUUCCCACCGUAAAGCAUGGAGGAGGAGGUGUUAUGGUGUGGGGAUGCUUUGCUGGUGACACUGUCUGUGAUUUAUUUAGAAUUCAAGGCACACUUAACCAGCAUGGCUACCACAGCAUUCUGCAGUGAUACGCCAUCCCAUCUGGUUUGCGCUUAGUGGGACUAUUAUUUGUUUUUCAACAGGACAAUGACCCAACACACCCCCAGGCUGUGUAAGGGCUAUUUUACCAAGAAGGAGAGUGAUGGAGUACUGUAUCCGAUGACCUGGCCUCUACAAUCCCCCAACCUCAACCAAAUUGAGAUGGUUUGGAUGAGUAGGACCUCAGAGUGAAGGAAAAGCAGGUAACAAGUGCUCAGCAUAUGUGGAAACUCCUUCAAGACUGUUGGAAAAGCAUUCCAGGUGAAGCUGGUUGAGAGAAUGCCAAGAGUUUGCAAAGCUGUCAUCAAGGCGAAGGGUGGCUAUUUGAACAAUCUAAAAUCUUAAAAUAUAUUUUGAUUUGUUUAACACUGUUUUGGUUACCACAUGACUUUGGACUGGUAGUAUAUAUUUCUACCUAGUUCUAUCAAAUAAUUAACCCAAUAAUUAACCCACGUCUGUGAAAUUAAGGAUGUUCUUGAAAAUAUACUUAAAAUAAUGUGAACAUUGUUAAAAUAUAGAUAAAAGCUUGUUUUUGUCUUCGUAUUGGGGUUUAUUAUGUAGUUAUGUGCAGGUGCACAUAUUUUCUAUCGAUCUCAAACAUUCAGGAAAAUGUUUAGCUAAAGCCUGCCACUGAUGUUAGCCUAAUAGCACAUUCUUUAGGAAGGGUUGCUCCAAAACCCAGAUGAAGCCACUCCUUGAUUAAAAAGCAUUCUCAAUGUAAAAUCUCCAUUGGAAGUGUGUGUUAGUCCAGGAAUAGGCCUAAUCUGGGUCUGAGAGAUCUAAGACUGCAGAGUCAGCGUGUAUAGACAGAGCAGAAGCUGGACGGCUGCCUCUCCUCCCUAAAGACAGUUUCAUAUGAUGUCAGAUAUUAUUACUGAGAAGACAUAGUAAACCCACCUAGAAGCACAACGUCUGACUUUGAAAGUCACCUUUGUUCUAUGUUGCCAGGUUGCAAUGCAAUACAAUACUGAUUGAUGAUAUCAGUAGACUACAAGAGGGCAGAGCCCCACAAUAGGUUAUAGACUAACCAACAGCCUGAGGCUAUCCUACUCUAACCAACAGCCUGAUGCUAUCCUACUCUAACCAACAGCCUGAUGCUAUCCUACUCUAACCAACAGCCUGAGGCUAUCCUACUCUAACCAACAGCCUGAGGCUAUCCUACUCUAACCAACAGCCUGAGGCUAUCCUACUCUAACCAACAGCCUGAUGCUAUCCUACUCUAACCAACAGCCUGAUGCUAUCCUACUCUAACCAACAGCCUGAUGCUAUCCUACUCUAACCAACAGCCUGAUGCUAUCUUACUCUAACCAACAGCCUGAUGCUAUCCUACUCUAACCAACAGCCUGAUGCUAUCCUACUCUAACCAACAGCCUGAUGCUAUCCUACUCUAACCAACAGCCUGAGGCUAUCCUACUCUAACCAACAGCCUGAGGCUAUCCUACUCUAACCAACAGCCUGAGGCUAUCCUACUCUAACCAACAGCCUGAGGCUAUCCUACUCUAACCAACAGCCUGAUGCUAUCCUACCAACAGCCUGAGGCUAUCCUACUCUAACCAACAGCCUGAGGCUAUCCUACUCUAACCAACAGCCUGAGGCUAUCCUACUCUAACCAACAGCCUGAUGCUAUCCUAACUCAUCACAGCUACAGUAUUUUUUUCAUUCUAUUUUAUUUUUCUUCAUCAUCAAAAUUGUCUGUAAUGUAAAUAUCUGCAAUUUUCCUGUACCUCAGAUUUACCACACCCAUUAUCAUAGUUUGAAUGGGAUUCUGAGAAUGUUGUAUAAUUUGAUUACAUCAAAAUAGGUCUGCUCCAUGCAAUAUCCACUUCAAUCAUAUCAUGUUUUGUGUCAGUUUUAUCAACAGAAUAAGGACUUUUCGUCUCAAUAAUGUAAUACGGUAUCUGAGUGAAGGUCCCUGGAUGAUUUAUUUAUGUGGGUGCCGUGUUGGAUUGUGUUCUUUAAGUGAACUUUAUAACAUUAUUAACCACAGUAGGUAGUGCACUCAGAGAUUAGGGGUCAGUAGGCCGAAGGCAGCUAACGUAAAUAAACAUGUAUUUUCCCACACAGGCAAUGAAAUGAAAAGGUAUUUGUAUUUUGCAGAACAAUAUACAGGCUCUUUACUUUUAAA